CACGUGAUAAUGACGUCUACUUUUCCAGCGAAUAAACCAAUCAACGAGCGUCAGUAAUUACUAGCCAGACCUUAGGCAAGCGCAGGUCGCUACCUGCCCGUUCUCGUUUCACAAUGCCCGAAUCUCGUCCCAACUCCAAUCCUCCAUCAGAGAAACCGCACCACUACAGCUAUCUCAAGGGCUUUCGCACGGAGCAGUGCCUGCUUUUUCUACAGCACAAAUGCACUCAACAUCGUCCCUUCACCUGCUUCAACUGGCACUUUGCAAACCAACGCCGCCGACGUCCGCGAAUCCGUCGCGACGGCCACUUCACCUACAGCGCCGACGUCUACUGCACGGUAUACGACGAAACAACAGGAACGUGCCCGAAUGGCGACGAUUGUCGUUUCUUGCAUCGCAAUAGCGGCGACACGGAGCGUCGAUAUCACUUGCGGUACUACAAGACGGCGACGUGCGUGUACGAUACGGACAGCAAGGGCAACUGCUCGAAGAACGGCGCGCACUGCUGCUUUGCUCACUGCGCCGAGGAUCUGAGACAACCGGUGUACGACCCGAACGAAGGCCAUGGCGUGGAGAACGGUCCCGCUGCGGCGUCCGGUGCGCUUCGCGGCGAUUUGGCUCCCGGGUCGCCUCCGAAAGCGCCGAUGAGCGCGUUGCAGCAUUCGUCUCCUGCUGCGGCUCCGCAUAACCUCGUCAAGGUGAAUGCGGAGAGAGACAAGGGAUUUGUGUUGGAGGAUAUGAGAUGGCACGAUCAGAAGUUUGUGCUGGUGCAUUAUAAGACGGAGCUUUGUAAGAAGCCUCCGAGAUCUUGUCGUCAAGGGUAUGCUUGCCCCUUCUAUCAUAAUGAACGAGACAGAAGGCGGUCACCUAGGAAACAUAAGUACAGAUCUACUCCUUGUCCUCAUGUAAAGCAUGCCGACGAAUGGGGUGAGCCUAACGACUGCGACAAGGGCGAUGGCUGUUCAUACUGUCAUACAAGAACAGAGCAGCAAUUUCAUCCAGAGAUCUACAAGAGUACGAAGUGCUAUGAUGUCCUUCAGACGAAGACGUGUCCACGUGGACCAUUCUGUGCGUUCGCUCAUCGCGAAGACGAAAUGAAAGGAACGAAAGACUUACCCGACGAAGAUGAUGAACUUGUAGGUGCCCCAUCAACGUUGCCUUCCAAGGCUUUGUCUCAUGCCAGUUUGCCGAGUAAAGCUCAUCACAUUCCAUCAAAGCCACAACCGAUUGCCAAGCCUCGUAGCUCGGGAUUGCAGAAUUCGCUUUCGAUGGAGAACGACUUCCCGGGUCUUCCUCAGUCCGUUCCUCUCUACUCGUGUCGUGGUUCAUCCUCCGAUCCUCAACAAUUGAGUGGCAGUCUAGGAAGUCUGGCGAGUAGCGGCAGCAAUUCGAUGAUCAACACGGUAGGAAUGGCAGUAGGAGAAGAAGACCUGCAUCAACAGGUACUGAUUCGUAAGCAACUGAUCGCAAUUGAGAACGAUCCAUUGAUAUCAGUGUCCGAGAAAUCGAGACUGAAACAUAACGUUCUGCAGUAUCACUCGGCUCUACCGCAUUCGCCUGAGCUUAUGUCUCCGGCCUCGGUGACUGGACGAAUGCCCGGCAGCGUGUCGGACCCGUUCGACAUGAUCGGCGGUCACAGUCUAGAUGAGGAGUAUCUGGAUCAGACUGUCGACGACCUGGAUAUCAGAGAGAUAGAGAAAGAGAUUGGAAAAGCAUCAGGAACAACUGUGGACAUUCCUGGUAGUGCCGGGAGAUCGUCUCGUACGUCAUCGAUGUCGUCGUCAUUGUCGUCGUCAUAUCCCGGAUUGUUUGGAUCGUUUGGGAUACCAGUUGGACCGGUGACACCGCCGUAUGCGAGUGGCCCGUAUCCGGCAUUUUCAUCUCAAGUACAGACUGCUCUAGUAAGCCCCAACCCGUAUGGCACCGCCUUCGAGUCUCCAUUCUCAAUGAGCAUUUCAUCUCCUGUCUCAAAGUGUUUCCAUCCAAACAGCGGUAGCGCUGAACAGUCGCCAUCGGCGUCGCCCUACACGGCCGCCGAAGUGGAAAUACGUCGACUAAAGGAGGAGCUAAGGGAGGCACGUGGCAAACUAGCAGCAUGGGAAGACUCCUGGAUACAAGCAAAACAGGCGUGCGAGGCAUGGAAAAGGGAGGCGUCCGAAAAUGCCGAGAAAUCGAAACGAUUCGAAGCGGCUCUGCAGGGAGCGCUUGCUGAUAAAGAGAAGUUGGCCGACGAGUUGAGAUUAGCACGAGAACGGAAGACAAGCGACAGUCUGUCGGACGGCGUCCCGCAAACCGAGUUGAGUCUCGAGCAUCUUUCGCUGAACGAUCUAAUCCAGUUGCGACAGCAGAGACAGACGCACCUGGAGAGAAUAGACAAGGUCGGUGUCGAUCCACAUUAUUUCAUGGUGUACGACUGGAUCAUUUGUAGACAGUGCCGGGAACGGACAAGGUGUAUACUAUUCGGACCUUGUAAUCACAGCGUGUUGUGCGAAGAGUGCGCGGUUGGGAAAAAAGAGUGCGUGUACUGUGGACAGACUAUUGAGCAGCAGAGGAGAAUCGAAUUUCCUAUAUGACACAUGACUUUUUAAUUUCAAAUUAGGCUUUGCGAAUCACACACGAUGAGGACUGUUGCGGUCAAUCUUUUUGUGCUAGGUGGCGGUGGCGGAGAGAGAGCUGCAUCGUCACUGUGCUGUAGCAUAGUAGUUCAAAUAGAUCAAUUUAUUGUGGAUUUGG